GGAGGAGGAUAAUCACAAACAAACAAACCAAACGAAGAGCUGUGCUCCGGAGUGUGCUGUGAGGUACCUCAGGGAGAGACGAAGCUCAUUAGGGACGGAGGACACGUUGCAGGUUCACUAUGUUCUCCUCAGUCGUUCCCUUCGAGGACCAACAAUUUGCUGCUCUGAGGAAACAAUGCCAGCAGAACGGGAGGUUGUUUGAAGACCCACUCUUCCCUGCUGAGGACCGUUCGCUAUUCUUCCAAGGCAACCACUUCGGCAGAGUCAUAUGGAAGAGGCCCAAGGAACUCUGUGAGGACCCACACCUGUUUGUCAAUGGCAUCAGCGCUCAUGACUUGCAACAGGGGCAACUGGGAAACUGCUGGUUUGUAGCAGCCUGUUCGAGCCUUGCUUCCAGAGAGGCCCUGUGGCACAAAGUGAUUCCAGACUGGAAGGACCAGGAAUGGCAGAAGGACAAGCCAGAGGAUUACGUUGGGAUCUUCCACUUUCGGUUUUGGCGUUUUGGAGAGUGGGUGGACGUGGUCAUUGAUGAUCGGCUGCCCACCACCAACGGCCAUCUGAUGUACUGCCAUUCUAACGACAGCAAUGAGUUCUGGAGCGCACUGGUGGAAAAAGCCUACGCCAAGAUUUAUGGCUGCUACGAGGCUCUGGAUGGCGGAAACACAGCCGACGCACUGGUAGAUUUCACCGGAGGCAUCUCGGAACCCAUUGACCUGGUGGAGGGUCGCUUCAAUCAGGACGAAGAAGCACGCAACCAGCUGUUUGAGCGCGUCCUCAAAGUCCACCACAGAGGAGGCCUCAUCAGCUGCUCCAUCAGGGCGACUUCUCAGGCCGAUAUGGAGGCUCGGCUCGAUUGCGGUCUGGUCAAAGGUCACGCGUACGCAGUGACGGAUGUGCACAAGGUGCGUCUGGGUCAAGGCCUGCUUGCCUUCUUCAAGUCUGAGAAGCUCACCAUGAUCCGCAUGAGGAACCCUUGGGGGGAGAAAGAGUGGAACGGGCCUUGGAGUGACAGCUCAGAGGAAUGGAAGAAGGUCAGUAAAAGUGAACGGGAGAAGCUGGGAGUAACUGUGCGAGACGAUGGUGAAUUCUGGAUGACCUUUGAUGAUUUCUGUAAGCACUUCACAGACCUGAUCCUGUGCCGCCUCAUUAACACGUCAUACCUGAGCAUCCAUAAGACCUGGGAAGAGGAUGUGAAGUUUGGCUCCUGGUCUCGUAAUGAUGAUCCUCUGAAGAACCGCUCUGGAGGCUGCAUUAACAACAAAGCCACAUACCUUCAGAACCCUCAGUAUAUGUUUGAUGUGAAGAAGCCAGAGGAUGAAGUUCUAAUCUGCCUACAGCAGAAAGAUAAAAGAUCUCGACUUAAAGAAGGCAAAGGAGAGAACUUUGCAAUGGGCUUCGACAUUCAAAAGGUGGAGCUGAACAGGAUCUAUCGCAUGCACAAGCCACAGCAGAAGAUGUACAGCUCUGUCUACAUCAACUCUCGCAGUGUGUUCCUGCGCAAAGACCUGAAAGAAGGUCGUUAUGUUAUCAUCCCAACGACCUUUGACCCUGGACUACAAGGAGACUUCCUGCUACGAGUUUUCACAGAUGUGCCUUCAGAGUGCAAGGAACUGACCCUCGAUGAGCCUCCGCAGACGUGUUGGACAGGCCUGUGUGGUUAUCCACAGCUGGUCACGCAAGUGCAUGUGAUGAAGGCCGUUGGACUGGAGGGCCAGGACUCUGACGGAUCAUCUGACCCAUAUGUGAUCAUCAGCUGUGAAGGGGAGAAGGUGCGUUCACCCGUGCACAAGGACACACUGAGUCCUGAGUUUGAUGUGAAGGCGCUCUUCUACAGGAAGAAACCCAAAGAGCGGAUACAUAUUCAGAUUUACAACAAAAAUGUCCUGUCUGACUCAUUCCUGGGUCAGGUGACUCUGAUGGCAGAUGUUUCAGACCUGCAGAAUGAUCACACACUCCAUCUGCAGGGCAAAGGCAGCCAUCAGAAGGAUGAUCUUCCGGGCAUGCUCUUUCUGAGCCUCCUCACGAGCAAUGUUCUCACCAAUAUCUGAGAACAUCCAGGUCGGCCGAAAUCAAAAGGAUCAUGAAGAUGAGCUUCACCGGUGUCUGGAUUUGUCUGUUAUAUGUGAAGCUUUGAUAAUAUGGAGCGCACUUUUCUUUUGUGGAUGUAGUUUACACAUUGCAUACUUCAGACUUUUCUAACCACCUAUGUCUGUAGUGGGGUUUUACAGGUUUAAUAAUAAUGGCCUUAAUGAAUUCUGUUUACAUUAUCUCUUGAACCAAAACCAGUGUGCUAUUACAUUCCUAAUUGAUACAUUGCCUUCUAACGUAUGUGGAAUUCUACUGUAUGUAACACUUAAUGCCACUAUUCAGCCAAGGAAAGCAAUUCCUGUGUGAUCCUACAGUAUAUAUUCCCUGAUGUUGGAAAAAGUAUGUGACUUUCCCUUGCCAAUUAAUCAUCCAGUGUUUUUAUUAUCUGUUUAAUAGCCAUUAAAUGUUAAGAACUGGACAGUAAUUAAACAUGUUUACAUAAUAUGAGCACUCAGGAAACUACACAAUAGCUGAAGGCCAAAUUAGCGCUGUCGUCAUAUAGCCUUUUAAACCCAGGCUUAAAUUUACAUUCUGACCUAGACUGAUCCUGUGGAACACACAACCAUCAAUAGGGAAAUAGUGCCUCAACUGUGGAUAAAAUUCACACCAGUGCUCAUAAUAUAUACUUUAUAGGUGCCUUUCCACCAUAAGGAAGUUUAGCAGAACUGUUUGUGUUUCCACCAAAGGAAGCGCACAAUUUUAGGGUUUAGUUCACUUUCUGCAGUUGGGUCAGUUUAGAGUUGAUUUGCUUUCUCAGUAAGGGUGUAAUCGGCCCGAGACAGCAUUGCUCAGAUAGUCCCGGGCCAGCUGUUUUAGUCUCUUUCCGAGUUUGAUUGAGCUGUUUUCACCUGCACAAACAAACAACACCAAAGUGGAAAACGCACCAGGUUUCAGUUCAAACGGGCUGUUGUACACGUGAAUGCACCCUUGCUUUACUUUUCUGGGGGCCAGGAGGUACUGGGGCAGAGCUUGUUGUACUGAACUUCAUUGACUGGACAAUGCAGCCUUACAAGCCAUUUUUAUAAUUCUAUUUUUAAGACACGCAAUGACUAAAGCUUGUAUUAUAUGAUUAGCACAACAAUUUCCAUAACGUGUUUGGUUUUUAUACAAGUGGCGAGUAAUUAUACGACUGUAUUUUGUAUGUUUUGGAUGGCAAGACUCGAAGAUGGCAAAGAAGGAAAGGCUCUGUGUGCUGAUUAGAAUCAAAGCAGCUGUGCUGACACUUUCAGUGACCAAAACGACCACUUGGUGGCAGUACACAAUCAGAAAGCUUCAAGGGUACUAAAGAGUGUUUAUCCCUCUUGUAGAAGCUUCUGUUCUAUUGAGGUCUCUCUCUUGUUUACUCUUUUGUUUACUCUCUUGCUUUUAAGUGAAGCAUUUGAUAUACAGCAUGUAAUGUCUCUUAAUAUGGAAUUUGUUGUUUUUUAGCACAUCUGGGAAAAAAAAUUCUGCCAAACAAGUCUUUUGACAGACAUUAUGAUGUUGAUACAAACAUUUCAAUACAUAUGUGAUAAUCUGUUGAGGCUAAAUUAGUGGUACAUUACAGGCGUAUGAGGCAUAUGCAUUCACUGAAAUUCCUACCAAUUCCUAUUUUUAGUCACUAAAGAAAUUUUCUGUCAAAUAUUGUGCCUUUAGUACUCAGUCUUGCAUCACACAACAUUGCAAAAAAAAGGCUGAAUUGUUUUAAUGAUCAGAUUAUGAGGUAUGACCUGUAUCUUUUAUCGUUUUAUCAUUUUAUACUUGUGUAUGUGUACCCAGAGUAUAAAAUUAAAUCUGAAAUAAAGUGAACUGGAGUAGUGGA